GUCCUGCUGGGGACUUGCAUCUGGCCUCAAUGUGAAAUUAAGGUAGAAAAACACAUCUACAUAUGUGUUUGCUAUUAAGAUUUAAUUAUUCACUGGUCAUGCCUGAAGAGUGAUGUUCGUCUCUAGACUGCUAACUGCCAGGAAGUAUAAAUGAUUAUCCUAGAAGUCAAGCCUCUCUCCUAUUUACUGGAGUAAAAUCACCUCCAGAUAUCGACGGAAUAUCAACUACAGAAAAUGCUUCACGUUAUAAGGAUGCCAACCACCUAGAUUCAUGCGCCCUAUCUGUACAGUUGUUGUGGAUGGUUUGCCAUCUGAAAGCUCCUCAAGCUCUUAUCCAGGCCCUGUAUCUGUUUCUGAAAUGUCUCUGCUACAUGCUUUGGGUCCAGUGCAGACCUGGCUGGGACAAGAGCUAGAGAAGUGUGGCAUUGAUGCCAUGAUUUAUACUCGGUAUGUCCUCAGUCUUCUGCUGCAUGAUAGCUAUGACUACGACCUGCAGGAACAGGAGAAUGACAUCUUCCUGGGCUGGGAAAAGGGAGCUUACAAGAAAUGGGGAAAGAGUAAGAAAAAGUGCUCUGAUCUAACACUAGAGGAAAUGAAAAAACAGGCGGCUGUCCAGUGUCUUCGCUCUGCUUCUGAUGAAAGCUCUGGGAUUGAAACGCUAGUGGAGGAGCUUUGCUCCAGACUGAAAGACCUUCAGAGUAAGCAAGAGGAGAAGAUUCACAAAAAGUUAGAAGGCUCUUUGUCUCCUGAGACUGAUCUAUCUCCCACAGCCAAGGAUCAAGUAGAAAUGUACUACGAAGCAUUUCCUCCUCUUUCUGAAAAGCCAGUUUGCCUGCAGGAAAUUAUGACUGUAUGGAAUAAAUCCAAAGUAUGCUCUUACUCUAGCUCCUCAUCUUCAUCCACCGUUCCACCAACUAGCACGGAUACAUCUUCUCCAAAGGACUGCAAUAGUGAAAGUGAAGUAACUAAAGACAGAAGUAAUAAAGUAUCUCCCACUGUACAGGAAAGAACCCAGCAGAAGAAAAGCAAAAAUGAGAAAGAAAACAAGUUCAGUAACAACACUGUUGAAGAGAAGGCUGUUUUGUACAAAAAGCAAGUUCGCCAUAAAUCUGAGGGAAAGAUGCGUCCUCGCUCCUGGUCAUCUGGAUCCAGUGAGGCUGGAUCAAGUUCUAGUGGUAAUCAAGGUGAAUAUAAGGCAUCAAUGAAAUGUAUUAAAGUAAGACACAAAACAAGAGAGGUUCGAAAUAAAAAAGGGCGUAAUGGGCAAAGCAGGCUUUCAGUGAAAUGUGGUGAAAAGGCUGAUAGAAAAGUCCACAGCGGAAGCAGUAGCAGCAGCAGCAGCGGGUCCAUCAAACAGCUGUGCAAAAGAGGUAAAAGGCCAUUAAAAGAAAUUGGAAGAAAAGAAGCUGGUGGUAACGAUGGAAAAGAUUUGUAUUUAGACAGCAGAAAUGAAAAGGAAUAUAAAGAAGAACCUUUGUGGUAUACUGAGCCGAUUACAGAGUACUUUGUUCCUCUUAGCAGAAAAAGCAAGCUGGAGACUACAUACCGCAACAGAGAAGAUAUAUGUGGUGUAACACCAGAGGCUGUAGAGGAGUUGUCUGAAUCAGUGCAUGGUCUUUGUAUUAGCAACAAUAAUAUUCAUAAAACAUACCUCGCAGCAGGUACUUUCAUCGAUGGUCACUUUGUAGAAAUGCCUGCAGUUCUAAAUGAGGAUAUUGACCUCGCUGGGACCUCAAUAUGUUCUCAACCAGAGGACGACAAAUAUUUAGAUGAUGUUCAUCUCUCAGAACUAACACACUUCUAUGAAGUGGAUAUUGAUCAAUCCAUGUUGGAUCCUGGUGCCUCAGAUACGAUGCAAGGGGAGAGUCGGAUUUUAAAUAUGAUUCGACAAAAGAGUAAAGAAAAAACUGAUUUUGAGGCAGAAUGUUGCAUAGUGUUAGAUGGAAUGGAGUUGCAAGGGGAAAGUGCAAUAUGGACAGAUUCAACCAGCUCUGUUGGUGCUGAAGGGUGGUUCUUACAAGACCUUAGUAACUUAGCUCAAUUUUGGGAGUGCUGUUCAUCUUCUAGUUCUGGUGAUGCAGAUGGGGAAAGUUUUGGAGGAGAUUCUCCAAUCAGAUUCUCCCCCAUCUUAGACAGCACAAUGCUUAAUUCACACAUGCUUGCUGGCAAUCAAGAGCUCUUUUCAGAUAUUAAUGAAGGGUCUGGUAUAAACUCUUGUUUUUCAGUGUUUGAAGUGCAAUGCAGUAACUCUGUUUUACCAUUUUCUUUUGAAACACUCAACUUAGGAAAUGAAAAUGCAGAUUCUAGUAGCACUGCUAAUAUUCUUGGGAAAACACAGUCUAGAUUGCUCAUAUGGACCAAAAAUAGUGCCUUUGAUGAAAAUGAACACUGUUCCAAUCUUUCAACAAGAACCUGUAGCCCAUGGUCACACUCGGAAGAAACACGUUCAGACAAUGAGACUUUAAAUAUUCCAUAUGAAGAAUCCACACAGUUUAAUGCAGAAGAUAUUAAUUAUGUAGUUCCUAGAGUGUCUUCAAGUUAUGUAGAUGAAGAAAUUAUAGAUUUUUUGCCAGAAGAAACUUGCCAGCAACAAGCUAGAACUUUAGGAGAAAUGCCUGCUUUGAUUUUCAAAAAAAAAUCUAAGCUAGAAUCUGUCUGUGGUAUUCAGUUAGAACAAAAAGCAGAAAGUAAAGACUAUGAAACUACACAAGGUUGUAGUGAAAGCAGUCCACAUGGAGAUGGCUACAGCUCAGGGGUUAUUAAAGAUAUUUGGACAAAUAUGACAGACAGAAAUUCUGCGGUGAUGGUAGAAAUAGAAGGAAUAGAAGAUGAAUUGUUUUCAACUGAUGUAAAUAACUAUUGCUGCUGUUUGGAUACAGAAGCAAAAGUUGAAACCCUCCAGGAGCCAAAUAAAGCAGUGCAGAGAUCGGAGUAUCAUCUUUGGGAAGGUCAAAAGGAGAAUUUAGAGAAGAGAGCCUUUGUCGCAAAUGACUUAUCAAAAGUAGAUGGUGGUGACUAUACUACACCAUCGAAACCCUGGGAUGUUAAUCAGGAUAAAGAAAACUCAUUUAUCCUUGGUGGUGUAUAUGGGGAGCUCAAAACAUUUAACAGUGAUGGCGAGUGGGCAGUGGUGCCACCUAGUCACUCAAAAGGGAGCUUGUUACAAUGUGCAGCUUCUGAUGUAGUGACAAUAGCUGGUACAGAUGUUUUUAUGACUCCGGGGAAUAGUUUUGCCCCUGGUCAUAGGCAAUUAUGGAGGCCGUUUGUAUCAUUUGAACAGAAUGAGCAAUCAAAGAGUGGAGAUAAUGGAUUAAAUAAGGGGUUUUCUUUUAUCUUCCAUGAAGACUUACUGGGAGCUUGUGGUAACUUUCAAGUUGAAGAACCAGGGCUUGAAUACUCAUUCUCUUCCUUUGACCUGAACAAUCCAUUUUCACAAGUUCUUCAUGUAGAGUGUUCGUUUGAGCCAGAAGGAAUUGCAUCUUUCAGCCCUAGUUUUAAACCUAAGUCAAUUCUGUGCUCUGAUUCAGACAGUGAGGUUUUACACCCCAGGAUAUGUGGUGUUGAUCGAACGCAGUACAGGGCUAUACGGAUUUCUCCAAGGACUCACUUUCGCCCGAUUUCUGCAUCUGAACUUUCUCCAGGUGGUGGAAGUGAAUCAGAAUUUGAAUCAGAAAAAGAUGAGGGAGGUAUUGCUGUCCCUUCUCAAGUAGAUGUAUUUGAGGAUCCACAAGCAGAUCUCAAACCUCUGGAAGAAGAUGCAGAAAAAGAAGGGCAUUAUUAUGGAAAAUCAGAGCUUGAAUCUGGAAAAUUCCUUCCCAGAUUAAAAAAGUCUGGAAUGGAGAAGAGUGCACAAACAUCAUUGGAUUCCCAAGAAGAGUCGUCUGGGAUGUUGCCAGUAGUAAACCAAGAUCCCUGUUUAGAAUGCAGUAUGAAAGAAUCUGUAGAUGGAAGGGCAGUGGAGAGCUCUAAAGUAAACUGCAGAAUAGUGGAACCGCAUGAGGAGACUGGCAGGUUUUGCAGUUGUAAAGCAGGGUGCCAUUUCCCCGCGUACGAGGAUAAUCCUGUUUCUUCAGGAGAGCUUGAAGAGAGAAUGAGUGGCAGCCAGGAAAAGCAAUGCUGGUGGGAAAAGGCGCUCUGUUCUCCCCUUUUUCCAGCAUCACAGUGUGAAGAGUGUUAUACAAAUGCCAAGGGAGAGAAUGGUGUAGGAGAUGUAAAGGAAAUAUCCAAUGAUGAUGAACAUCUUUUAGAUUUUAAUAUGGUUUCUUCUGUUUAUGAAGCAAGAUGUGCAGACGAUAUAAAUGCUGAGGCAAAACCAAAUGGCUUCAGGAAGAAGAUCUACUCCAGUGAUAGCUCCAGCUCUGAAGACACAGCCUCAGAAGGUGGAAGUGAAUGGGCUGAUCCAUAUGAUGGCACUCAUGUAACCUGCAAAAGCAUCCUGUACUGAACUUGAGCCUGAAUGACUGAAACUAUCUAAAAUGCUCAGAGUGUUCAAUGUUUUAAAUGCAAAGGGUCAGUGCUUCACUUGAAAGAAAUCCUGUGGCUGCUGCAGUUAGCUGCUGUUGUGGCUGUAAUUUAGUAAAUCUUGUAGUUCAUUUUGUGUUCCUGAGAGAAUGUGUGGGGCAAGCUAUGUGUGUGGUGGGUGGGGGUAGGGAAGGUGAUGACUUACGACAUACACGUGUGAUUGCAGUAGUGAUUGUUGCUUUAUGUGACUUGCUUUUCAAUUUUCUUUUGUUAACUUAGAAAGUUGAUACAUUGUCAAGUUGCAUCUGUACAAGACUAUCAACUCCUUGUGCUUUUAACACAUUAUGCAAAUUGUAUAAGCCAGGAUGAGCAAUAUUUGCAGAACUAAACAUUCUAAGUUUUUACCAACUCAUAGUUUAAAAACCAACAACAACUAACUAGUCUAUACAAUAGCAGCAUGUCUAUAACAUCAGGAAGUGCAGAAGUCCAAUAGUGACUUGAAAAGCUUAACCAUUAAUUUUGACAGGCAAUAAACAUCACAAGAACUAUAGGUGUUUGAAAUGUGAGCUGAACUGCUUUUGAAAUAUGUUCUGUGCUAGAAAGGUUUUCUCUAGUAACUAGGUUUUGUUGCCUUUAUUCAGUUGAUAACGUAAAAAUUGAAAGACGUGGCUGAAAAAAACAUGCCAUUCUUUGUGCAACGCUUUUGUUGAGAUCCUUACUUAAAAUUGGCUUGGUUUGUCCUUACCUGAGGACUAACUUUUGGUCCUCCUCUUAGACUGUGUUUUAGGGUUUGUAUUCAUACAACAGAUCUUUUGACACUUUACAGUUUCUUUUCUUAAUUAAUUUGCAGACUUUGGAUAGAUUUUUAUAUAUUUUACUUCUGGAGCUUCCUUGAGAGGUUGUUUAGCACCUGCACUGAGAACUAGUUAACUGUAACCUGAAAGUCAAAAAGAAUUUCACACAAACAUUCUUCAAAUCACUACAGUGAGAAUGGAAUAGAACUUCCUUGGAGAACAAGAAAUGACCAAGUGGACAUAUUUCAAACUUCAGCUCAGUUAAUUUUGGCUAGAGCUGCUUCUUUGGUAAGAAAGGGCUCAAAAGUAACAAAGGUGUUGCUUAUAGUUACAUUGUGGCAUGUAAUAAUUCCAGCACCUUUGAGGAAAAUAAAAUCGUAUGGAGCUUGGGCAAUAACAAAUUGUCUUUACUUGUUUUCAUAGUUUAAUGGCUAAAGCUCUAAAGCUUUAAAUGAGAGUUGAAGUGUGGUUUUUAGUUUUUCUGUAUGGAUAGAAACACACACAACAACAAACAAACCAACAACAACAAAACAAAAGCAUUAAAGGUUGGCAUACGCUGAACCGCACUGUGGUAUGAAGCGCAUUGCAUAUCCAUAGCACUGAAGUAUCAGUUUUCCAUUCCUGGGCUGAACUUUGUUUCUACUUUUUGCUUCAAGUGGUUGUAUUGUUCUGAUUUCACGUACACCAGAGUAACUGAUUUUGUUUUCUUGUGGAGUUACUUAACACCAAAUAAAAAUAUAAAAGGACAA